AUGCAAUCCGAGCAACAGCGACUGAUCCAUCGAAGCCGUGUGCCUCUGCGCCUCAAGUUUGCCCUUUUGCGCCGAAGAGGCCACAGUGCUCAGCUAACAAUACCUAAUGUGAACUUCACGUUGGAAACUUUCACCGACGCCGACUGCCUCGCAAAAUUUCGCUUCUCCAAGACAACCCUGCGGUCCCUUGUGUCGUACCUUCGCAUACCACCGCGCGUCAUCACCCCCGAACGAACAGCAUGCACUGGUGUCGAGGCGCUUUGUAUCCUGCUCCGUCGUUUCGCCGUACCAGAUCGAUGGUCCGACCUCGUCACGAUGUUUGGCCGCUCUCGAAGUGGCCUGUGCAAUAUAUUCUUGCACGUGCUCGACCACAUAUAUUCCAAAUUUGCCGAGAUCAUAUAUCUCGACCGCGACCGCAUCAGUACCAAGCUCCCCCAGUUUAGUCAAUCGGUUGUUGCCAAAGGAGCAGAAGUCCACAACGUUUGGGCGUUUAUCGAUGGGACCGUUCGGGAGUGCUGCCGGCCUGAGGUUGACGAGCGUCAACGGACCGUGUAUAAUGGACACAAACGACGCCACGCCGUUAAAUUCCAGACCCUGGUGACCCCCGAUGGAAUCAUUGCCCAUGCGUACGGUCCGAUCGAAGGUCGUCGGCAUGACCUCACAAUUCUCCGUCGUUCCGAUUCGGAAAGCGUGAUUGCUGGGGAUGAUCGGUUUCGUGGUUUUAUCGUGUAUGGAGACCCGGCGUAUGGUUACCCAGACCAACUUGCCUCACCGUUUGGUGGAGCGCGCUUGACAGAUGCCCAGCGAAAAGUGAACAAGAGCAUGAGUCGGGUGCGCAUAAGUGUGGAAUGGUCCUUUGGCCAAGUUCUACAAUACUGGCCAAUUGUGGACUUCAAAAAGAAGAUGCGUAUUGGAAAUAGCCCCAUUUCCAAGAUGUAUAAGGUCGCCGUGCUCUUGACAAACUGCAUUACGUGUGAUCGAGGUAGAAAUACAAAUAGUGCGUACUUUGGUUUACCACCACCAUCACUAGAGGAAUAUUUGCAUGUUAACAACGAAUAG